AUGAAGGACCCGUCAACUAAACUAAAUAAAGGCCGAUAUUGCCUUUUCCACCGGGAUCACGGCCAUGCAACUCAGGAUUGUUUUGAUCUCAAGGAAGAGGUGGAAGGGCUAUUCCGAAGGGGCUAUCUCAAAGAGUAUGUAGAGGACUCUAAAGCGACACAAAACAGCGAAAACGACAAGUCUCCUGCUCGAGAGAUUCGAACUAUAAUGGGAGGCCCAAUAGAGAGAGAAUCCGGGAGAAAAAGAAAGGCAGAUGUGCGAGAAGCUAAGGCGAGCCUCGGACAAAAUGAGGUCUACCAUGCGUAUAUUAUGAACCAGUCAGUGGCGAUCGAGUUUUCAGAGGACGAGGCGACCCACCUCCUCCAUCCUCAUAACGAUGCACUGGUUAUCACUUUGAAGAUAGCAAAUGWGAAAGUACAUCGAAUUUUGGUGGAUGGGGGCAGCUCGGCAGAUAUCAUCUCAUGGACAGCCUACAAAGCCAUGGAUUUAGGAGAAAAGGUGCUUAAGAGCAGCCUAGCACCGUUGGUAGGAUUUGGAGGGGAACGGGUCUUCCCGAAGGGAGGAUAG